AUGUUCCAGGGGCUGGGCAGCAGUACAAAGCCGAGCUCGAGGGUUUUGCGGCCUCCUGGAGGUGGGUCCAGUAAUCUUUUUGGUGGGUAUGAAGAGGAUGCUUCAACUCAAAGAAGGCCCAAUAAGAUGGCUUCUUCAGUGUUUGCACCUGCGGAAGAACCUCAACAUACUACCAGACGCUCAAAUCCUCCAGGUGGAAAGUCUAGUAAUAUAUUUGGACAACCUGACCCUCCAGCACAACCCCAAAAGACCAUACCUCCAGGUGCACCCACAAGUGGCAACUUUUUUGGGGAGACAGACACUCAAUCAGCCCAAAGCCUUAGUCGGAGCCACCCCAAUAAGCCAAAGGACAAUCUAAAACUUGGACCGGAGUCACCUGCACCUGAGCCUGUAGUGCUCCAGGCCGAGGCAAAGGCAGAAUCGCCACCACCAGAGCCAGCCAAAGAGGAGCUGCCUGUCUCAUCUGUGCUCGAGCCAAAGACUCCUGUUCUGACAGAGAGUGACGACUCGAAGAACCACGAGCCCCAUCUUGGCCCCAAACCUCGUUCUCAUAACCGGGUCCUCAAUCCCCCGGGAGGAAAGUCCAGUGUUGUUUUCUAUUGA